UGUAAAUCCCCUCUUCUACCGGCUAGGUCCUAUGGAUUUCAUAUCCUACUUUUCCUGAGCAAUUAGUUCCUCAGCCCUGUAAGAGGGCGAUAAAAGCCCUUGCAAAAACAGGUAACAUGGCGGCUAUGGGCUAUACCCUCAAGCCCAAACAUGUUGCAGAGAGUCAUAUCCAGCUUAUCAUUCAGGAACUGCGUGACAUGGACCGCGGUCUGCGCAACACCGUCAAGCAUCAGCAAAUAGCUGUGGAAGCGAGUUUGGUUGAAUGGAGGCGCCGCGAACUAUCAACAAAUGCGAAUACUAAGAACCUAAUGGAAGGAAUAGUGCCGAAUAAUUAGACAGAUAUAAAUUGCAGAAGGCCAUGGCGCUCUAUGCGGCUGGGGAUGCAACAAUCCCCCGCCCCACAACUGUGCAGUCCAUUGUCAUCGACAUAACAAACUCAAUUUAACUCGAAACCACAAUUUCUCAUGCAA